GCUCCAGACCCAGUUCCUGGACCUGCCCUGGAAAAGAAGUAUCCAGUAGAGAUGAGCUCACUGCAGUUACUUAAUUAAAAAUUUGUAAGCUGCAAAAAUGGCAAAGGGCCAGCCAAGAACAGCUACAAUUUGAAUUUUUCUAUUUCCAGAGGAACAAUCAUUUUAUAUCUCAACCACAGAAAAUAUGUUGGCUGUGUACUAUGAAAAAUAAUUUUCCAGAAGCUUAUUGAGAAAAUGCUUGGACAGAAGAGAUGAGUACUAAUUCCACUAAGGCCUAGAAUUGCCUACUGUACAAAUAGUCCUGAUCAGGCAAUAUACGAAUGGCCCAAGGAAGCCACCAAAUUGAUUUUCAGGUUUUACGUGACCUGCGACAAAAAUUCCCUGAAGUACCUGAAGUUGUUGUAUCCAGGUGCAUGUUACAGAAUAAUAAUAACCUGGAUGCCUGCUGUGCUGUUCUCUCUCAGGAGAGUACAAGGUAUCUUUAUGGUGAAGGAGACUUGAAUUUUUCGGAUGAUUCUGGAAUUUCUGGUCUACGCAAUCACAUGACUUCUCUCAACUUGGACUUGCAAUCAGAGAAUGUGUACCACCAUGGAAGAGAAGGAAAUAGAAUGAAUGGAAGUAGGACUCUAACGCACAGCAUUAGUGAUGGACAACUUCAAGGUGGUCAGUCUAAUAAUGAACUAUUUCAGCAGGAGCCACAAACAGCACCAGCUCAAGUUCCUCAAGGCUUUAAUGUUUUUGGAAUCUCCAGUACAUCUGGUGCUUCAAAUUCAGUACCACAUCUUGGAUUUCACUUAGGCAGCAAAGGAACAUCUAACCUUUCUCAGCAAACUCCCAGAUUUAAUCCCAUUAUGGUAACCUUAGCCCCAAAUAUCCAGACUGGUCGUAAUACUCCUACAUCUUUGCACAUACAUGGUGUGCCUCCACCUGUACUUAACAGUCCACAGGGAAAUUCUAUCUACAUUAGGCCUUACAUUACAACUCCUAGUGGUACAACUCGACAGACACAGCAGCACUCUGGCUGGGUGUCUCAGUUUAAUCCCAUGAACCCUCAACAAGUUUAUCAGCCUUCACAGCCUGGUCCCUGGACUACUUAUCCUGCAUCUAAUCCUCUGCCACAUACCUCAACCCAACAGCCAAGUCAGCAAGGCCACCAGACCUCUCAUGUCUACAUGCCCAUCAGUUCACCUACUACUCCACAACCACCAACAAUUCAUUCAUCUGGUAGCUCACAAUCUUCUGCCCAUAGCCAAUAUAAUAUUCAGAAUAUUUCAACAGGACCUCGAAAAAACCAGAUUGAAAUCAAACUUGAACCACCACAAAGAAACAGUUCUUCAAAAUUGCGUUCUUCUGGACCUCGAACAUCCAGCUCUUCCUCCUCAGUCAACAGCCAGGCCUUAAAUAGAAAUCAGCCCACUGUUUACAUAGCUGCCAGUCCCCCGAAUACUGAUGAGACGAUCUCCCGUAGUCAACCUAAAGUUUAUAUUUCAGCUAAUGCUACUACAGGAGAUGAACCAGGCAUACGGAAUCAGCCCACAGUCUUCAUAUCCACAAACUCUGGGGCAUCUGCUGCCUCCAGGAAUAAGUCUGGGCAAGUGAGCAUGGGUCCUACCUUUAUUCAUCACCACCCUCCCAAAAGUCGAGCAAUAGGCAAUAACUCUGCAACUUCUCCUCGAGUGGUGGUCACUCAACCCAAUACAAAAUAUACUUUCAAAAUUACAGUUUCUCCCAAUAAACCCCCUGCUGUUUCACCAGGGGUUGUUUCCCCUACCUUUGAACUUACAAAUCUUCUGAAUCAUCCUGACCAUUAUGUAGAAACAGAAAAUAUUCAGCACCUCACGGACCCUACAUUAGCACAUGUGGAUAGAAUAAGUGAAGCCCGGAAAUUGAGCAUGGGAUCUGAUGAUGCUGCCUACACACAAGCUCUGUUGGUACACCAGAAGGCCAGAAUGGAACGACUUCAAAGAGAACUUGAGAUUCAAAAGAAAAAGCUGGACAAAUUAAAAUCUGAGGUCAAUGAAAUGGAAAAUAAUUUAACUCGAAGGCGCCUGAAAAGAUCAAAUUCCAUAUCCCAAAUACCUUCACUUGAAGAAAUGCAGCAGUUGAGAAGUUGUAAUAGACAACUCCAGAUUGACAUUGACUGCUUAACCAAAGAAAUUGAUCUUUUUCAAGCCCGAGGACCACAUUUUAAUCCCAGCGCUAUUCAUAACUUUUAUGACAAUAUUGGAUUUGUAGGUCCUGUGCCACCAAAACCCAAAGAUCAAAGGUCCACCAUCAAAACACCAAAGAUUCAAGACACAGAAGAUGAUGAGGGGGCUCAGUGGAAUUGCACUGCUUGUACUUUUUUGAACCAUCCAGCCUUAAUCCGCUGUGAACAGUGUGAGAUGCCACGGCAUUUCUGAGCCAGAAAGCCCUAUGUCUUCUCUGAAACCAUGUCUAAAGUUCAAGAAACCAAUCUGUCAUCGGGGAAAAGUUUCACUGCUACAUAGGAUUUUGUCAGAUUGAAGGUGUGACAAGACGGUGUUGUGCUAAUGUUAAAUGUCAGCCCACAGAGCUAAUAAUACCUCAGUAUAAUGUCAUCGGCAGUUGAAAUUCAUCACAUGAAAGGUAAUCUGCUAAAAGACUUGGUUGCCUGCUGCCUAACCAUGUACAGUGUUACCAGUAUCCCGUUAUGGAUAAUUCUCACUAUGUUAAUGCCUAGGUGUUCCCAGUACUUUUUUCCCCUCCUGUCACUACUGAAUUUUGACAGGAUGAAAAAAUAGAACAGUAGCUUUUUUUUAAAAAAAAAAAGCUUUCAGUGAAACACUACAUACAUGAAGAGAAGGAACAAGGUUUAACUAUUUAAAAACUGCUUGCCUCUACAAAGUGCCAAUGAAUAGGGGAAGAGCUUCACAAAUCUGUGGUACUCUUGGCCUUGUCUUUGUCUUCCCUGAAAACGUCUCUGUGAAGCCAGCAUCUAGGAUCUGAAGGUGAAAGGAGAGCAGCAUGCAUUGUUUGUACAAACAUGCAGUGAAAUACCCCAAAGCUUUUCCUACUGUACAGAUCUCUCAAGUCUGCUUUAAGUGAUUUCUUUUAUUAUUUUCUUAUAUUUCUGUAUGUAUAGUGUAAUAGCCUUUUGUUAACUAAUUUUCUUUUUUCUUUUUAGUGAUUAAGCACGAUCAUGUCCCUUUUUAAGCCUUACCUGAAAGAAGCAAUGCCAUAAAAAUAAAAAAAGCAUUAAUGAAAUGAAACUAUGCACAAAAAUAACUUUCCUCUACUUAUUUUGUACUUUGCCCUCAUGGGUGCCAAUGUUCUGUGAAGAUACACAAAUGCUGCACAGUGAAUUGCAGGAAAUUGUAUGAGAAUUAUGUGGGUAGAUCACACUAUGUAUUGAUUUGAGCAGUGGGUGACACAAGAGUGUCCUGUAUUCCAUAGGGAAGCUUAAAAGAUAUUUUAACCCACUGACAGGGCUUGCUUCAUCUGCUUGGUGUCCCACAGAAUUUUCAUGAAAGAUUAUUUUUGGGAAAGUACAAUUUCAAAACCAGCAACAUCAGCAGUACCGACAGCCCUUUUUUUUUU